AUGGCUCUGCCCGACAAUCCCGCAACCGCAGAUGAUGACGACCCUGAUUCUCGGCCUGCGUUAACAGGCCUAUAUUUUUUGCUCAGUCACCUAGCUCUUGAGAAGGCAGCACGCGCCGAGCCCGAUUCUAUCCCCACCUCAAAGGAACCUCCAGCUCCCGUGCUCUCAAAUCCCGACCCUGUGGCAGAGAUACCUGCAGAACCAAUUGUCAUUUCGGCAUCGCACCAUCCCACUCAGACCACGGAGCGAACCGUCCGGCUCAAGCAGGCGACCUUGAGCUUCGCCAAGCCUUCGUCCUCGACCGCCAACGUCAACAAUUCUCCCGGCUCGUCCGAGCGUCCGCGUUCUCGCCUCACCAUAAACCUGACCGAGCUCAUUGAAGGGCUGUACGAUGAUGCCAUUGACAAGUUCAAGAGUCAGUGGCAAGCACGGUUUCCCUGGCUGCAAAUCACCAAAACCACAUCCGGCUUUCCUGCCUUCAAGUGUGCUGUUUGUGCAGCUUAUGCUGGCGACGGAGGCAAGUGCGGGAGACGCGGGAAAGGCGCCACGGACUUGCAGACCCAAUCGUUUCGUAAGCACGCGGGCACAGCGAAGCACAAGCUGGCGAUGGCGAGACAAACAGCUGUGCAGGAGUGCGGAGAGAGGCAGCCGCAGAUCGACCACCACCGCGCCACCAUGGACGGAGAGCAGUCGCGCGUCGUCGCCCUUCUUGACUCCCUGCUGUUCAUCAGCAGGUCCGAUGCGCCGAUGGGGAUGUGGGUGAAGCUAGUGCGUUACCUGGCGGAGAAGGGCGUGCCUGGCUUCCCGAAGAAGGGGUACGGCACCUACUACACCACGGAGGCACUCGCGGCUAAAACAGCGGCCGAGAAAGUUCCGGCGUUCAAUGUCAUUGACACGGUGAUUCGCACCGUGGCAGAGCAUCUCGGCCGUUCGGGGCCGUGGCAUCAACGGUUCAUAGGGCUCCAAGAGCUUGACUAUGCCAGCGUGCAUGCGCAGAUCAAGUGCACAACGUCCCACAUCGAGAGCCGCUACGUUGAUUGCGGCGACGACUUCGGUGGCGGCGUGAGCGAGCUGCUGUCCCCCUUCAUCGCGCGCCAUGGGCCAGGAGGAAACCGGGAGGUGAAAGUCGAAGGGAUUGACUCGGACGGCCGUCCAGCACGCUUCAAAUUCAUGCUGCAUGAGGACGAGCUGGAGGAGUGGGAAGGGCCCGGGACCCAUGAUGGCUGUGUGGAACUGUGCACAGAGUUCGCGGAGGUGAUUGUUCACCAACUCGAGCAUCGGCUUGGCGACCUGGAUGGGAUGUCCGGGGACGCACGGCUGGGAGACCUCAUGUGCAUGAGCCUCGUGGACUACGAGCCCAAGUGGGAUGAGAUCGUGACAAUCUGGAAGGCCUACAAGAAGCGCAAGCCCCACAGCAACGCUCCUCUCCCGCCUGCAGGAAAGCAACAGAACAAGGCCAAGGAGGCAGAUCAAGUGAUGGAAGUAGAAGACUUAGGGGAGGAUAGUGAUGCAUCUGAUAGUGAUGAUGAUGAUGGAUUUGAUGAGGAGAAUUAA